CCAUCUUUGGUCCGUACUAAACAAUGAUAGUGUCCUGUUUUUAUUGAUCAGAACUGGUAGCUGCAGUAGCAUGAUACUCAUAUCGGCUGAGGGUAGUUAACUCUUGGCAGCAUGCAGCUGCAGUAUCUACUUAAGCUGCCUCUGAUGCGUCACUUCAGUGCGCUGCUCCACCACAUCCACAAUCACUACCCAUCGCUGUUCACCGAUUUGUUACAAUGCUGAUCUCUCUACCUUCGCUUUCUCUGACCCUCUUUGCUCUCGCUCAUCUCUCAUCAGCUCAAGAGCAUGGCGAAUCUGGUGCUCAAGAAAUGGGCCCCAUGGCUUUCUUGUGGCCUCCUGAUCGCGAAUGGUCUGACGAUUAUGACAACACCUCACCCUGCGGAUCUGCCACCGGCGCACGCAACCGUACUGAUUUUCCGCUCGAAGAUGGUGCGAUAGCGCUUGUGAUGCAAGACUCGACUUGGAAUAUAGAAAUAGCCAUUUACUACGGUAGCGAUAAUCCGACUUCAAUCUCUCAGUUCACCGAUAUCUUGCCUGAGAUUGCUUCGCUCGAGGCUGGACACAAGUGCUACUAUAUCGAGGAUCAGAAUUCCUCCGUUACUAUCGGUGAAAAUGCUACAUUUGAGAUCCGCUACACCGCUGUUGAUGACUCGGUCAAUGCUACUCAAUAUGCCUGCGCGGAUGUUACUUUUGUUUCCGUCGCAACUUUCAACGAGACUAUUCCGUGCUUCAAUGUCAGCUACUCCGACUACAGCGACUCGUCUUCCUCCUCUUCUAUCUCGUCCGCUCUUGAAUCUCUGACCUCAGCAGAGUCCGCCGCUAAAGCGUCAAGCACUGCCGCACCUACUUCCUCGGGUUCGGAGUCUGCCUCCAGUUCGUCUGCCGUGACCUCCUCGUCCGCGGCUUCCUCAUCUGAGGCAGCAUCCUCGUCUUCUGUUGCGGGAGCGAUGUACAAGAUUAUUGACACUGGAAUGAUAGUCGGACAGCUCGCAGCUCUGGCCUUCUUCUUGGUCUAGACUGUGUAUAGUAGUAUUAGUAAUUUAAUUUUUGCGAUCGUAUUUGAACCUAUUCUUGAUCAAGUAACUCGGUGAGACAGAUGCAGAUGGUGUUAUCUCUGCGGUG